AUGGCCUCUCUGAGCACCAAUUUUUGGCAGCUGUUUCUGAGCCAGGGCAUUUGCAUGGGCCUCGGGUUUGGGUUGAUAUUCAGCCCCGUGUUGUCACUCAUGUCAAUCUACUUCACCUCGCAUCGAUCUCUCGCGGUGGCCUUGGCUGCAACUGGGUCUGCCAACGGCGGCCUCGUGUUCCCUGAUAUUCGCGUUCCUCGACGCAAGAGUGGGCCAAUCGUCGAAUGGAGUUUCUUUCAAGAGCCGGCCUACUUACUGUUCACUAUUCAACUUCUGGGGCCUCUACAUCGCUUUCUAUUACAUCGACAGCUCGUCGAUCUGAUUUUGAGUAUAAAUGGAGCGGGUAUUUUUGCCCGAACAAUUCCGAAGUAUCUGGCGGAUUGCUUCACGGGGCCGUUGAAUAUCCUGAUUCCAUCGACUCUUUUAUCAAGUGUACUGCCCUGGUGCUGGAUUAAUGUGACGGAUUCAAAGAUUCUUUACACAUUUGUGCCCUUCUAUGGCGCAUUUGCGUCAAGCACCCAGUCUUUAUUUCCUGCCACUCUGGCCACUAUCGCGAAAGACGUGAAAAAGGUGACUAAUACUGCAGCUAUACCGCGCUGCGGCUAUUGCACUCGAAGAAGGAAGCUUAAUUGCCAGUAUAAGUCGCCAGAGCAGUGUCAUCUUUCGGCUCAGGUAGAACUAUCGCUGGCGUCUACUUCUAGUCCCGUUAUACGCUCAUCCUUGCUGCUCUCCUACUCCCUGUCGGAUGUCUUGCGCUCGCGGCCGACAAAUAGCGACUCCACUUUGUAUCUACAAAUUCUACGCAUGAUGCAAACAACGGGUCAGUUCGUGGACGAUAUCAGUGCUCGUUACUUCCGUGGCAUUCAUGCCUUUGUCCCCGUUGUUUCACACCGUCGUAUUCAUGAUCAACUAGUCGAUUUCGGUACACCACCUCCAGCCGGCUUUUCUAUUCUGCUGUUGAGUAUGUGUCUAAUCACCUAUCAUCCCGAGUUUGCAUCUCCAGUCCCUGAUCCUCUUGAUCGGGAAACUCUCUACAUAGCUACCAAGACACUUUUUGCUCAAGUGCAGGUAUCAUUCCCGCCAUCUUUAGACCUCAUUCAGGCUGGUAUUAUCCUUGCGACAUACGAGUACGCAAAUGGUAAGUUACACGAUGCAUUUUCUUCUAUUGGUCUCUGCGCCAGGAUGGGCUACACUGCUCGCUUGCAUCUUGCAAAGCCAGUCCAAGACAUGAAUGCCGAGGUAUAUCGAAAAGCUCAAGAGGAUGCUAAUACGUGGUGGGGAAUUAUCCCCUUAGUAACAAGUGUCUCCGACAGUGACUUGCGACUACCAACUGAAAACGAUUUUCCGAGUCAAAGUAAAGAUACAGUUCUAAAAUUACCCUUUGGCUUUGCAGACAGUCUUAUAACGUCAAAUGCCGGUGGCUUUGCUUGCAUAGCACAGGCUGCAUGGCUCCUGGAUCAAGUCUUCAAAGCACUGGAUGUAACGGAGGUCGCCUUGAGGCAUACUCAGCUUAAUGGACUAGACCACACCCUUCGCACAUAUUUGGCUGUUAUUAUGGAUCAGACUGGAGGAAAAUGGAACGUGUAUUGUGCGGCAAUCGCUAUUAUUAUCCGAGCUCUUUUCAUAUUACACUCCUAUACUCUCAACCAUAUAUCAGAGGCGGAUGAAUCUAUGCACAAGCCCUCACUCGAUUGGUCCAGCGUCUCACAUGCAGUACUGGAUACAAUUACUAAAGUAGUGGAAGAUAUCGCAAAUGCUCAAAGUAGCAUUACUUUGCUCUUGAUGGAUAUGCAUCCUCCUAGUUUUGCGUUUGAUAUUCGGGCAGCACUUAAACAUAUCCAUGAUUUCAAAACUAUGGAUGAUGAAUAUGUUGCGGCAGAGAAACGGCUCAGGAAGGCUCUUGAACUGUAUCAUCACCGCUGGGAUAGUCAUAUUGAGCUAAGCCUUCAGCCUAGUGCUUAUUGCUGCCUACGUGUUUUGCCAGCGUUCCGUCGCACUACGCAAACUCGACAUAGCAGGAUCAUCAAGGAUGAGAAUGCUUGA